GAACACGUGAGUAGAGGUUGCAAAGAGUCAAAGAACGUGGCAGAGAAGCGGACCACACCAUGUAGAUUGUAGAAGUGUGUGUUCUGUUGAUUUCGCCACGCAAGCCAAAAGAGACUUAAACUGAAACGGCCGAAACGAAUCUUAAAUGAAGAUUAAACUCUGUUCUCUCUCUCCAUCUCUCAAUGGCUGGCUCUCUGUCCCAAGACACCACCCUUUCUCUGCAAAAACCUCUGUUUAUUACCCAAACAUAUGUCUCUCCCUUCUCUCUCCACAUAUACAAAUGCAACGAUCCCUUUUCUAUUAUUAUCACCUCUCAUCCAUCUAUCACACUCUUACAGUCUUACUUAUUACCACUCUGCCAACAACUAUCUUCUUCCUCAUCUUCCAAGUGGUUUUGGAUUCUCCACAUUCUGCGCCACUCCGUUCAAUACUCCUUGGCAAGAGAUGAUGGUUUUGUAAUCUUAAAGUUUCAGGAGAGAGUGUGAGAGUGAGUUUGUUUUCUGAGUUUUACCACUGUUUGAAAAAAAAAAAUGGGGGAGACUAGUAGGAGGCAUUCUGUAGAUAUUCCCAUCACAAGAACGCUUGUGGCUCUAAGAAGAGUUCGGUCACUUAGAGAUCCAUGCACCAAUUCAAUGAGCAAGUUUGCUUCCUUGCUUCAGUUUGUCAACGAUGAUGAUGCUUCUAAAGGUGAUGAUAAUGGUCCUUUUGAAUCAUACUCGUUAAUGGAGGAGCUAGAGAAAGGCUGUGAUCUUCACAAGCUGAGCAAAAGGGUACUGAUCAAUGCUGAAGAAGGAGACGAAUCGCCCUCGAGUGAAAGAUAUAGAACCCGUUGGUCUUCCACAAAGCCAGCUAGCUCGGUUGGUGAAUAUUAUGGUAGCCAUGUCACAGGUAGUAGUCCAAUGACCUCAACAAAUAAUAGUUAUAAUGAUGAAGAUGUUGUUGAUUUUGCGAGUGGCUGUGGAAUAGCCUCUUGCUGGUCAAGAACACCCAGGAGGUACGGAGGAUCAAACCAGUCCUCUGACGUGGAAGAGCAUCACCCUCUACUAUCCAGUAAUAAUAAUGAGAGCAAUGCUGUGACACCAAGUCAAGAAAGUCUGAGUCAGAAAUUCAGACCAAAGUCUUUCGACGAGUUAGUUGGACAAGAAGUCGUGGUGAAAUGUUUGUUGACCACCAUUCUGAGAGGGAGGAUCACUUCUUCUGUUUACCUUUUCCACGGUCCUCGCGGGACGGGUAAAACAUCAGCUUCUAAGAUAUUCGCUGCUGCGUUAAACUGUCUUUCUCAUAGGAGAAGACCAUGUGGACUGUGCAGUGAAUGCACCACUUCCUACUCGGAGAUAGACUCGGCUAAACUAAACCGGAGGCCUAGCUACCUCAGGUCUCUCAUCAAAACCGCAUCUCUUCCUCCUCAUGUUUCAUCGUCUAGAUUCAAGGUUUUCGUCAUCGACGAGUGUCAGCUUCUAUGCCAAGAGACUUGGGGAACUCUCUUGAACGGCCUGGAGAACGUCUCUCCGCGUUCUGUUUUUAUCCUGGUCACGUCAGAGCUGGAGAAGCUGCUGCGUGACGUUGUGUCACGGUCUCAAAAGUAUCGUUUCUCUAAAGUAUGCGACGUGGAGAUAUCGAAUAAGCUGGCGAAGAUCUGUGAGGAAGAAGGUAUUGAAUUUGAUCAGGGUGCGGUUGAUUUCAUUGCCUCUAGAUCUGAUGGUUCGCUUCGUGAUGCUGAGAUAAUGCUUGAUCAGUUGAGUUUGCUCGGUAGAAGAGUAACAACGUCUUUGGCCUACAAGCUUAUUGGUGUUGUAUCUGAUGAUGAACUGCUUGAUCUGCUUGAUCUUGCACUGUCUUGUGAUACUUCAAACACGGUUAUAAGGGCGAGGGAGCUUAUGAGAUCUAAGAUAGAUCCAAUGCAGCUUAUUUCACAGCUAGCUAAUGUUGUUAUGGACAUUAUUGCUGGAAAAUGUCAAGAAACUAGUUCAGCAACCAGACUUCGGUUUCUUUCAAGACAUACCUCUGAAGAGGAAAUGGAGAAAUUGAGUAACGCAUUGAAGAUACUGUCUGAUGCUGAGAAACAGUUGAGAGCAUCGAAAAACCAGACAACCUGGCUCACCGUGGCACUUCUGCAACUUAGCAACGGUGACUCAUCUUCUUUGGCCACUAAUGAAAAUGAAACGUGUUUAAAAAGCCAAAGAAGCAAAGAUGUAGACCUCUCCAGCACAUCAUCGGAUUGUCCUUGUGAUGAAGUUAAUUCAGAAACCGAAGAGUGUCAAGAGAAAAACUGUAUAGAAACAGUUGAAACAGUGUGGAAAAGAGUCAUAGAGAUGUGUUGUUCAGAUUCACUAAAGAGGUUUUUGUCCAAACGAGGGAAGUUAACUUCUCUUAUCAUUGACAAAGUUUCAGGUGUGGCAAGUGCUGAACUGGAGUUCUACACACGUAAACAUGUAACAAGAGCCGAGAAAUCAUGGAAAAUGAUUGCAGACUCGUUCCAAUCCGUGUUAGGAUGCAACGUUGAGAUCCGAAUGAAUCUUGUUACCUCUGCUUUUUCUCCACCAAAGAGUAGUGCUAAAGCAGCAGCAGCGAGUCUUUUCUUUGGACUCUUCUUCAGUUGUUCUCGCAGAAUGCUACACAAGUCUUAUCUUACCACUACUAAUGAUUACGCAUCUGAGGAGCACCUAGUUACAAAUAAUUCUCUGAGAAGUUGCCAGGGAAAUCUAUUGAGGGCUCCAAGUGUACGUUCUUCAGCCAAUGCAUCAUCGUCAAGGAUGAGCAGUGCGAGUGAUCAGGGCGAUGCAACUUCUGUUCUGUGUACGACUUCACACAUGCCUUCUCCAGGUGGCAAAAUGCAAAAAGAUAGACCAGAAGAUGACGCUGAUGUGUUGUGUUGGAGGACUCCCCUAGGCAAGGGUCAGGGAGAGAGACAGAACAACAAGAGCUCACGGCUUAUUAUUGGUCGUGUUCUUCCCUGCACUGCAGCUGGUUAAGAUGAAGCUUGAUGACAUUCCCAUUUUGUGGAAUCGUUUGGUUUAGUCAUUGAGACUUGUUAUGGGGACAAAAUGUACAGUUGCAUAAUGUGUUUCAAGAACAUAUAAUAUAUAGAUUAGCAUAUACUAUCGAUAAUGUAACUCUUAAUGUGAGUAUUUAUAGAGUAGUAUAACACUUUCCUUAUGCCAUGAAACGCUUUUAGUCGAUCAUUCUAGUGUUCUUGAUCAACUCAAGCGUCUUAUAUGCUAGCUAGUUAUAUGGUUUGGUCUCUCUUUGUUUAAAACCUUGAUUUGUUAUAUCAAUUAUCAUGUUAGCUCAA